AUGUCCCUCCACAACCACCCCAUCACCCAAGAACCCUACCUCCGUCUCCCCUCCCCACACCAAUCCAUCAUCAUCACGCCCUACCGCGCCCCCAAUCCAGCCGAUGAAGCCGCCAAGGUCCGCAAUAUGAACGACCCCCUCGUGGCAGCCUGGCUCAUCGGCCCGCCGUAUCCGUACCAUGCCGACGACGCCAAGAUCUGGACCAAUAUGUCGCGGUCCCAGUGCAUUCAGAUUCUCGCGGAGGCAAAAACCCAGCAAUACGUGUCCGGCAGUCCGUUUCGAUGUGUCCGCGAGAUCGUGGAGGAGGAUGAGCACGGCGUGAUUCAGAAGGACGUGUUGAUCGGCGGGAUCGAUGUCACUGAGUAUCCGUUUCUGGAGUUUCCGGAGGGAAGCAAGGAGAGGGAGGAUGGGGUGAAGAGGAACGGGGAGUUGGAGACGGGGAGUUCGGAGAAGGUUUGGGGGGUUGGUGGUAUGUAUUUUCCUUUCCUCCUCCCUGUGGCACUAUAUUCUUCUUGA